AUGGCUCCCAUCAACAUCUACGAUCUCGUCGUAGUCGGCAGUGGCUUCGCCGGCACCACAACCGCCCUCUCCUUCAUGGAAACCGCCAAAGAGAAAAACAACACCACCGCCAAAGUAGCCCUCCUCGAAGUCGGCAAAAAGGACGAACGCGCCGGUGCCUCACGCUGGACAAUGGCCUACCUCCGGCUCGACAAAAACAACAAAUUCGACCCGAACUGGAUCAAGCUCGUGGAGAAGACGAGUAAAGGCUUGGCUGAUUUGGAUUAUGCGAGGAAGUUGGAGAAGGAGGCGCCGCUUACGGCACAGUAUAUCCUGGAUCGUGGGGUGGAGUUGGUGCAUCAUGAGGAGCCGCAUGUUGCGCUUGAAUUCGAGACGGAUGGAAGUUUUGCGUAUCCGAAGGGUGGGGGGUUGGCGAUCGUCACGGCGUUGAUGAAGAAGUUGGAGGAGUUUGAGAAUGCGGAGGUUAUGUAUGAGACGGAGGCGGUGAAGUUGAGCUUGGGGUCGGAUGGGAGGGUUAAUGGCGUUGUCAUUCGUGGGAAUGAUGGGCUGUUGCGUACGUUGAAUGCGAAGAAUGUGAUGUUGGCUUGUGGCGGCUUCGAAGGGAAUCCAGAGAUGCUGACGCAGUAUUGUGGACCGAACGCCGUGGACCUCCCCCUCAUCGCCCCCGGCCUCAAAUACAACCGCGGAGCAGGAAUCCGCAUGGCAAUGGAAAUCGGCGCCGGCACCGCAGGCCAAUUCGACAUGUUCCACGCCGAAUGCGUCGAUACCCGUACCUCGAAACCCGACGCAGUAAUCUGGGGCCACAACUACGGCAUCGUCGUCAACCGCGACUGUUCCCGCUUCUACGACGAAGGCUGCUCCCGCCUCUUCGAAUCCUUCGAACUAAUCGCGUACGAUAUCUGGCGUCACCAGAAUCAGGAAGCGUAUUUUGUGUGUGAUAGUGUUACGAUGGAUAGGAUGCGUGAGAGUUGGGUUUAUUCUACGACGGAUUUGGAUCCGGAGAGGGGAGAGACGGUGGAGGAGUUGGCGGGGAAGUUGGGGAUUGAUGAGGAGAGAUUGAGGAGGACUGUGGAGGAGUAUAAUAAGGCGUGCCCGGAGGGUGCGGCGGAUGAGUUUACCCCAAAUUCGUUGGAUGGGAAGGCUACGAAGGGGAUUCUUCCGCCCAAGUCGAACUGGGCUCUGCCAAUUGCCAAGGCGCCGUUCUAUGGGUAUCCUCUCAAGACGAACUUGACCUUCACUUAUGGAGGGAUCAAAGUGGAUUUGGAUGCUCGUGUGUUGAGUACGAAUAAUGUAGUUAUUCCGGGGUUGUGGUCGGCGGGGGAGAUUACGGGGUUCUUUUAUCAUGAGUACCCGCCGGCGAGUUCGGUGUUGAGGUCGUUGACGUUUGGGAGGCUUGCUGGACAGAAUAUUGCCGACUCUAUCAAGGGUUGA